AAGCUUAAUUAGUUUCAGAAAUGAAGAGUUUCUUGUCUCUGAUAUGUCUAUUAACGAUUUGGAGUUUACUGCAAACAGUAAAGUUGGGUCCAUUACUAGUAGUUGUUGAAGCUGAUAGUGGGAAUGCUGGUGUUCAGCCAUUGUCAAAGAUUGCUAUUCACAGAGCUCUUUUUGCACUUCACGAAAAUGCUUCCGUCAAAGCCUACCCGCUUGUUCUUGGCCAAAAGGGGGAAGAUUCUCAGUGGGUAACCGUGGGACUUGAAUGCCCUGACCCUUCUGCAGAUGAUUGGGUCGCAGUGUUUUCCCCUGCAUAUUUCAACUCAUCGACAUGCCCAACUGAUGAUGUUAGGCAACAAUCUCCAAAUAUAUGCUCAGCUCCUAUCAAGUACAAGUAUGCCAACGAAUCCAAUGAUGACUACUCAAAGACAGGAAAAGCUUCUUUGAAAUUUCAGCUGAUCAAUCAGCGGGCAGAUUUCUCAUUUGCAUUAUUUUCAGGUGGUUUAUCAGAACCAAAACUGGUAGCAGUUUCAAAUGUUAUAAGUUUUGCAAAUCCAAAGGCACCCCUUUAUCCACGUCUUUCUCAAGGAAAAUCUUGGAAUGAGAUGGCUGUUACCUGGACAAGUGGGUAUAACAUUAUUGAAGCUGUACCUUUCGUUGAGUGGGGUUUUAAAGGAGAAUCACAAACUCAAUCACCAGCUGGAACUUUAACAUUUCAUCGAAACAGCAUGUGUGCUCCACCGGCACGAACAGUAGGUUGGCGUGAUCCUGGGUUCAUCCAUACAAGUUUCUUAAAAGAUUUGUGGCCAAACUCUCUGUACUCUUACAAGCUUGGUCAUAGGUUACUUAAUGGUUCCUAUAUCUUUAGCAAGACCUAUUCUUUCAAGUCAUCACCAUUUCCAGGGCAGGACUCAUUACAGCGUGUUAUAAUAUUUGGCGAUAUGGGAAAGGCAGAGCGUGAUGGUUCAAACGAGUACAGCAAUUAUCAACCAGGCUCACUUAAUACCACAGACCAACUCGUCAAAGACAUGAAAAACAUCGACAUAGUUUUUCAUAUAGGAGACAUUACAUAUGCAAAUGGAUAUAUUUCACAAUGGGAUCAGUUCAUAUCACAGGUGGAACCCAUUGCAUCUACUGUGCCAUAUAUGAUUGCAAGUGGCAACCAUGAACGUGACUGCCCAGGGACAGGAUCCUUUUAUGACCAUAAUGAUUCAGGUGGUGAAUGUGGUGUGCUAGCUGAGACAAUGUAUUAUGUUCCAGCUGAGAACAGAGCUAAAUUUUGGUAUUCAACAGACUAUGGCAUGUUUCACUUCUGUAUAGCUGACAGUGAGCAUGACUGGAGGGAGGGUUCUGAGCAGUACAAGUUCAUUGAGAACUGCCUCGCGUCAGCAGACAGACAGAAACAGCCUUGGUUGAUCUUUGUUGCUCAUCGUGUUCUUGGGUAUUCCUCGUCCUACUGGCAACAAGGUUCUUUUGGGGAGCCCAUGGGAAGGGAGAGCUUGCAGAAGCUAUGGCAAAAGUACAAAGUCGACAUUGCAUUCUACGGACACGUCCAUAACUAUGAAAGAACAUGCCCCAUUUACCAGCACCAAUGCGUCAGUACAGAAAAAUAUCAUUAUUCAGGCACUGUGAAUGGAACAAUCCACAUCGUUGUUGGUGGGGGAGGGAGUCACUUUUCAGAUUUUGGCCCUCUACAACCCAGUUGGAGUCUUUACAGUGAUUCAGACUACGGAUUUGUCAAACUAACAGCAUUCAACCACUCUUCACUUCUCUUUGAGUACAAGAAGAGUAGUGAUGGACAGGUUUAUGAUUCUUUCACCAUUUCAAGAGACUACAGGGAUGUUUUAGCUUGUGUUCAGGAUGGCUGUGAACCGGUCACCUUAGCUUCAUGAAGUAGCUUCUUUGUUACUAGAAUACCUGCCUUACUCCAUUGACUAGAAACUUCUACUCCUCCAUCGUGAAUUUACAAAAAUGCGGAUCAGCAAAACUUGAUUGAAAAUUGUUUGUGCUAAAAACCAAUUGGAAAAUUUUCAUGUU